AUGGAUCGCCCUUUGGAGCCGAUGAUAGUUCCUGGCGACCGCCAGCAGACACGAUCAGACCGCAUUCAGCCGAUUAUAAUUUUGAUGUCCUCAACUGCUCUUGUAUUCACAGGAUGUGGCAUUAACUUUACAUUUGGGGUCUAUCAGGAGCUUUAUGAUUCUAUGUCGAAGCUCCCCAAUACGCCGUUCACCGGAGCCACACCAGCACAGAUUGAUCUGAUCGGCACACUUUCGAUCGCGCUGAUGACAAUCGGUGCUCCUUUCACAACAGCAUGGACAAAGCAAUACUCACCACGAGCUGUUGUCUGGAGUGGAGGAGUUAUCUACUCUGUCGCUCUCGUUCUGGCUAGCUUCAGCCAGAGUCUCUGGCAAUUCAUCCUCACCCAAGGCCUUUUGCUGGGCGUGGGUACUUGCAUGGCCUACAUGCCCUCGGUGACCGUAGCACCGACCUGGUUCUCACUCCACCGUGGACUUGCUAUGGGUAUAAUCCUUGCUGGAACGGGGUUUGGUGGUGUCGUUUGGCCGCUCGCCUUCCGAUCCCUAAUUUCCCGCGUCGGCUUUCGAAAUUGCCUGCGGAUUACGGCAGGAAUAUCCUUCGUCAUUAUCAGCAUUUCCGGGUUCUACAUGAAAUGGCCCGCUAGCCAACUCACCCGGAUCCAAGCGGAGAAUGCCGCUAAUGCGAGGAGACUCAGCUGGCUGCGCAUUCCUCUGGUUGAUUGGCGCGUUGUAAGAACGCGCAAAUUCGCUGCCCACGCACUGGGAGCAGCCCUGCAGUCCGCUGCGUACUAUACACCUGUGUUUUUCUUUGCGUCAUAUGCGCGCACACUGGGGUAUUCACAAGCAUCAUCGGCCAACUUCAUUGCUAUUUCCAAUGCUGCAAAUGCCGUGGGAAAGAUCGCGAUUGGGUUUGCUGCCGACCGUAUGGGCCGACUCAAUACCUUAUUUCUGACUACUCUUAUCUCGGCAAUUUCUGUUCUGGCAAUGUGGCUGCCAUCGGCAUUAUCAACCUCUCAAUCGAGUGGCAGUGCCCUCUUCAUUGUUUUCACUAUAUUUUAUGGUGUUUUUGCAUCGGCAUAUGUCUCGCUCUUCCCAACCAGUUUGGUAGAGCUAUUUGGCGUACAGAACUUUGUCAGUGUCAACGGGGUUUUGUAUAUGGUGCGAGGACUUGCAACUUUGUUGGGUACUCCGCUUGCUGGGCUGUUGAUUCGGAGUAGCCAAGACGAGAAAGCUGGACCACGAAGUUAUGAGAAUACUAGCAUUCUGGUUGGUGUCUUGCUAGCUGCUGCCACAUUUGCAGUUCUCUGGGCUCGGAUUGAGGCAUCUCUCACUUUUGAAGGACAGAGCCACGGAAGAAAGUGGUUGAUGUAG